CAUUUCCAAUUUCCAUUUAAGCGACGAUCGCUUUAAAGAUCGGUCGUCGGUCAGCGCAAAAAUUUACAACACUGUUGGGCUCCCCUUUUAUUGUUGUUGUUGUAUUGUAAUUCUCGGUUUUGUUUGUGUUUUUUUUUUUGUAUUUCUUAAAUUUUUUUUUUGAGUAACGGCUCCCUUGCUCCGGCAGAGCGGCAAUAUAAAAUUGAAGCGCAUACAAUCAGCAUUUAGUCGAAGUUUGAAGCUCAGCCAGACACACACUCACCCACACACACACACAGACACACACAUUUAUAUAUAUUUGCGAAUUGCACUCUCUCUCAAAGAGCCGGCAACUGGAAGAAGAACUCUGCAGCAUCCCAAUCAACAAAAAAAACCGUCAACCUGCUGAUAGACACAACGCAAAGAUGACGCAAAACACUAAUUUGCUAGUGUUGCUCCUUAUGGCAGCUAUAGCAGCCAGUUCAGCGAACGAGAUAUUCUCAAAUCUCACCCAGCUGGAUGUCAACGAGAUUCCCCAGCGAUACGAUGAGGAGCAACUGUGGCGAAUCUAUAACAUCUCGGAGGCAAUGCAACACCGUGUGCCCGUGGGUCAAAUGCUGGAGCAGAAAUUCGGUGGCAAUAUUUGGAAAGAGAACUCCAAGUUUCUGGACAUCUCCAUUGCCAGGGAUCAAGUGAAGGCGGCACGCAGUUUUCUAUCUGCCCAUCGCCUGGAUCCCGUCAUUUUGUCCGAAAAUAUUCAAGCAAUGAUCGACGAGGAACUGCUUGAAGGCGUGGAGAGCAGUUCUGCUGCUCAAGGCAAAAGAUCGAAAAAGGCUACCAGGAGCAGUAUGCACUGGAAGGACUACCAUGAUCUGGAGACAAUUUAUAGCUUUAUGCGGGAAAUCCGCACUAAAUUCCCUAAUAUUGUACGAUUAUAUACUAUUGGCCAAACAGCUGAGGGUCGGGACCUCAAAGUGCUCAGAAUCUCGGAGAAUCCUCGCGAGAACAAGAAAAUUUGGAUCGAUGGCGGAAUCCACGCUCGUGAAUGGAUCAGUCCCGCGACGGUUACUUUCAUCCUAUACCAACUGAUGUCCAACUGGGAGAACCAGCCGGCCUACAUCCGUGGCUUGACUUGGUAUAUUAUGCCAGUAAUGAAUCCUGAUGGCUACGAAUACAGCAGGACGACGAAACGCCUAUGGCGCAAGAAUCGCUCUCCAUCACGAAGUUCCCAGUGCAGCGGUGUGGAUCUAAACCGAAACUUCGAUAUCGGCUGGAAUGGCUACGGUUCUUCGACUAAUCCUUGCAGUGACACUUAUCGUGGAUCCUCUCCAGCUUCAGAGCGUGAAACACGAGCAGUGGCCGAGUUUUUGGCGAAGAGGAAAUACAAUCUGGAGUCAUAUUUGACCUAUCACAGUUACGGACAAAUGAUUGUUUAUCCAUGGGCCUACAAGGCGGUCAAGGUCAAGGAUUCGAGUGUCCUGCAGCGAGUGGCAAAUUUGGCGGCGGAGCGAAUUGUUCAGAAAACAGGCACAGCCUACAGGGCGGCCGUUACCCACGAGGUGCUAGGAAUUGCAGGAGGUGGAUCAGACGACUGGAGCCGAGCCGCUUUGGGCGUUAAAUAUGUGUACACUAUUGAGCUGAGGGAUCGUGGAGCCAAUGGCUUUAUUCUGCCACCGCGCUUCAUCAAGGACACAGCUCUCGAGGGCUGGACAGUGGCGGAAACGGUGGCCCAGGCUAUUGGUCCCAGUUCGUCUGGAUAAACGACGCCUAAUUUCCUCCACAUCUUGGUGUAAAUUAUAAUCUCUGUCCUUUUUUUUUUAUUAUAACCCACUUUGUUAGUUUGAACUGUGUGCGUGAAGGAUUAUUUAUGUUGACUAUGCAUGCCUGAUUUGGUGACUAAGAAUGUAUGAAUGUAUGCCAUUUGGGUGGGCUGCCGUAUCCUUUGAAUCCUGUACGGCGGACAAUAAACGAACCUAUUUAUUACUACA